GGCAGACAGGAAAAAAACAAAGAUGGCAGUGUAGCCCGAGCUGAGAAGUGUCGAGAAGACGCUGCAGAGAAGAAGCAACUUCCAGGCUUUUACAGGGCGAGAGGAGGAGCGCGGUAGAGCGGGCCAGGCUUGCCGGGCUGAGGGAGACUAGGGCGAGGCGGUGACGGCGGAGAGCGGCCACGGUGGCCCGCUGUCGAGCGACACUAACAGCAGCAGUAGCAGCAGCAGCAGCACAGUGUUGUUUUUGUUGAGCAGGGGAACAGUGGUGCGUUCAAGAGCUGCAGAAUCCAGCUAAAGUCAAGCUUAUUAAGCUAGCUAUCUAACUAACUCACAAAAACACCAACACACUGCAGCUGAAGUGACUGACCCACAGCUCGUACCUAUGCUGUUAACCUCCUCCAGAACAGGUUUAGACUGUGACAAGCAGUUCCAUAUGAACUGGAGCUUGUUGUUAUUAUUAGCUACCAAACACUUCAGUGGCUUCACAACACACAGUUUGGUUGGUUAGCUAAGCUAAGCUAACCAAGCUCAGCUACCUAGCUAACCCUAGCUAGCUGCUGUUCACCAGCUAAUAAUAAUAAUAAUAAUAAUAAUAAUAAUAAUAAUAAUAAUAAAGGCGUCAGAGCUCCUCUACUCGCUCGCUUGGGAUCAGACGCGCAUGUCUGCGAUGGAAGAGCGGGGAGAGCUGGCAGUGGCAGCCGCCCCAGGCUCCUCCUCGUCCGGCCUCGGCGUGGGGCCGGUGGUCGGGGGAGCUCUGGAUGCCGGGCAGGGCAGCGCCGGGCUCUCCGGCAUCCAGGAGGAGAGCGGCGGCCGCAGGGAUGCUUCAGGACCGGAGGCAGACGCGGACGCGCCGCCCAAGAAGCGCGUCAGGCUGCAGGAGGGCGAAGCGGGGAAGCUGGAGGAAAGGCUGUACUCGGUGCUGUGCUGCACGGUGUGCCUGGACCUGCCCAAAGCCUCUGUCUACCAGUGCACGAAUGGACACCUGAUGUGCGCAGGCUGCUUCAUCCACCUGCUGGCGGAUGCACGGCUGAAAGAAGAACAGGCCACAUGUCCGAACUGCCGCUGUGAGAUCAGUAAGAGCCUGUGCUGCAGGAACCUUGCAGUGGAGAAAGCAGUGAGUGAACUGCCAUCAGACUGCAGCUACUGCCUCAAACAGUUCCCUCGUUCCAGCCUGGACCACCACCAGACAGAGGAGUGCCAGGACAGACUUACACAAUGUAAGUACAAGCGGAUUGGCUGCCCGUGGCAGGGCCCUUUCCAUGAGCUAUGUGCCCAUGAGGUGGACUGCUGCCACCCUUCCAAAACUGGCAUCGAGUUGAUGGGCAUCCUGGACGAGAUGGACCAGAGCCAUCGCAGAGAGCUGCAGCUCUAUAACAGUAUCUUCAGUCUGCUCAGCUUUGAGAAGAUCGGAUUCACAGAGGUGCAGUUCCGGCCGUACCGCACAGAUGACUUCAUCACACGGCUGUACUACGAGACGCCACGCUUCACAGUGCUCAACCAGACGUGGGUGUUGAAGGCUCGUGUCAACGACUCAGAGCGCAACCCCAACCUGUCUUGCAAGCGCACACUCUCCUUCCAGCUGAUCCUAAAGAGCAAGGUCAACUCUGCACUGGAGUGCUCCUUCCUGCUACUCAAGGGCCCCUACGACGACGUGAAGAUCAAACCCGUCAUCCAACACCACGUCUUCUCCAACGACGCAAACGAGACCGAGUACGCACCGCUGCCCAUCAGCGACAGCGUGGAGUGCAACAAGCUGCUGGCCGCCAAAAACAUCAACCUGCGCCUCUUCAUCUUUCAGAUCCAGAAAUAGAGAGGAGAACAGGAGUGGAGGAGACCGAGAGAGAGAGAGAGAGAGAGAGAGAGAGAGACGAGCCGGCGAGGGGAGGCAGGGCUGGAGAGAUUAAAGAGAGAGGAAGGGUGGAGGAGGAGGAGGUGAAGAGAAAGAAGAAGCACCGCUGAACCACAGAUACCUCGACUAGAACAAGGAUUUAGAAAGAUGGAGAGAUAAUUAGAGACAGCCCGUGAGAAGCGCAGUAGAUUCUGUUUGUUUGUUUAUUUGUGUGUACAUGGUUUAUGGAAAUGCUUUCAGAUCCUGUAUGGUCCAAAAACGAGUCUCUGUUUAUCAAUGAUGUGACCCAGCGCCGUGCUGACCUCUCGCUAGAAAAUAGAAACAAAAAAAAAUAAAAUAAAAGCAGGACAGGCCUGAAUGGACAUCACCACCGCCAGAGCGUAUAUAUGAUGUAUGGGAGCGUGUGUAUGUACACGCACACUCACACGCAUGCAUGUAUGUUUGUCUUAUGGCUGUGUGUGUGUGCAUGUAUGUGUAUGAAUGGGUGUGAAUGAUGCGCAAGACAACCCAACCUAAUGAGCGGGAAUCAGGAUGAGCCGACUAUCUAAGCUUGAGUGUGUGUAUAAGAGUGUGUGUGUGUGUUUUGUGACUCUGAAACAGACAGGUUGCUUAGAAGGAUAAUCCAGGCCGCACUGGGUUUGAUUUUAAUAUCACCUGCCAGCAGUUCUGCCAGGCAGUGUUACUCAAGACAUGCUGUGGUACUGUAUGUGUGUGUCCAUGCAGUGUUCUCUCCCGCUCAGAACCCUCCUCUCAAUGCUUAUACACACACACACAGACACACACCCAGCAGAAAAUAGGCUGCACUUGCUUUAAACAUAUUUUUGUAAGUGAAGGCAAAAGUUUUACUUGAGGCUCAGAGGGUCGGCUUCCCUACACAAUACGGCCGCAGACUUCUGAACUUGGCUGAUGAGAUUUUGCAUGUUUUUUUUUUUUUUUUUAAGGUUUUUUCUCUUAGUGUGCUCUCAGGAACGAACACACACUUUUAGCCGAGUAGCAUCAUAGUCUUGUAAGCUAACUUAAGUUUGACCUCCUAAAACACAUUUAUUUAAGAAUGUAAAACUUACCCUUUUAUCUUCUUUAGAGUUUGAUUUGUCAUUAAUUUUUUUCCUGUCUUGCUCCUACUAAAGAACACACCUGCACGCACCCAUCCCGCCCACCUUUCCCUCUUUAGACCCAACCUCCCCCCUGUCAAACACACACAGACAGACAGACACACACAUGAGCCACAACUGUCAGUAGGGUCUGAGAACAGCAUCACUAUUUAUUGCUUUUAUUUAAAUUUUCCUUGUUACUGUUGGCAACAGAGGCUCUUAUUUACCACAGAAACAGACUGGACAAAUGACUGAGGCCCUGUUUACACCUGGUAACUUUGUGUUUUAAGUAUCUGGAUUACAUAUAGAUCAUGCCAAAUCACAUUAAAAUGUGUAAAAGUUUAAAAAAAGGAGGAGGUGGUCUGAAAUUCAUCUGAGCCAAAUUAUAGCAGUAUAAACACGUCUGUCUCUCCAAAACCGAAACCCCUUUCACUGCAACCAAAACACUUACCCAUGCAGUAUGUCACUGGGCUUAUGAUCCGUAUCUGUAAGUAAAGAUAAUCAUGGAGAAUAGCAAAAUAUAUAAUUAUAUAUCUUUAGCACAUGACAGAAAAUGGCUGAACAGCUGGUUGACAUGUAAUGAGCUGGUUUGUUCCACACAGCAUCUGUAUUUUAGCCCAAAUGGAGACACAUUUGACUACUAAGUAUAAAUGCAUGUGGCCAAAAUCUCAUAAUCUUAUCAGGAUACAGUUCAGGUGCUAGUCACAUGAAGUGAUCAAGUGUAAAUGGAGUCUGAGGGCGUUUCCACACACCUGUAUUUUGUUUACUCUGGUCCAAAUCAGUUACUGAGCCUGUUAACAAAAUUUGGAGGAUAUUUCCCUUGGUUUAGUUUGUUUAGGGUAAUACACGACAAGUCAUGUUAGCAUGUUCUCUCUGCUUACUGGUCAGUCCUGCCUUGGGCAGAGCAAGAAAGUAAAUACAGGAAGAAGAUCCUGUAUUCUGGACUAGUUUACCAUUGAGCAGAAAUUGUAUUUAAUCUUGGCUGUAGAAAUUAUCUGAUUAAUAUACCAGGUUAAACAAUAUUUAAAGAAUGCUGUUUACUCAAACUUUUGGUUCUGAUCACAUUCUCAGCACAUACAAACCGCUCCAGAGUUCAUUUUGGACUGAAUCACACCAUGUGUGAAAUUGAACCAGAGUCUGAUUUAUCUGGGUAAAUACUUCCGCAGAGCCGUUCAGCUCAAACUCGUAGGGUACACCUAAUAGUUCGGUCAGAUCUAGGACAGAUCAUGUUCUUACUGUUUGGGACUGGACCCAUGGUACACAAUGCUGCUGUUUUGACCCUCAUCCGAGUGCAAUUACUGUAUUCAGACCUGCCCAAGUAAAUCACAUCAAUGGUGUUAACAAACCAGAAUCCGUUUGAACCAGCUUGAAAAUGCAGGUGUGAAAACGCUCUGAAUCUGAGUGGAAACCACUGUUACUGCCCCUACCUACACACACUCUCAUACACAUAUACAUACAGACACACACACACUCACAGUGAACCAGAGAGCCAGAUGGGGUAUAAUAAUCAGAUCCCAGUGGGGUUGAACUCUCAGCUGUAUCUCAUUGGUUUAGACAUACUUGAAGUCUUGCAGGAGAGAAAGACAGUGGAGCUUUAGACUGUGCUUUCAGAUUGGAGGAGUCUAGUUUGAACCUGUUUCUGUAUUUAAAAGCUUUUAAUUCUCACAUUACACUCUGGCUGUAUUUGUGCCUUUCUAUUAAAGCUCAUCUAAACAGAA